GUCCCGUAGUAAUACGAGUAGUACCGCUCUAUCCAUCUGGCCGUUUUCAACCAGAGAAACGGCAGAACGCUACUACAUCGGUGUCACGGCAAUGCAAUUCCGGUGACAGCAUUUUCGCUCCCGACAAACCAUAAAGACAGCCAUUAUGGAGUCACUAGCUGCGAUGCCACUACAGCCAAACACCGAUGCAACCAUGGUGGAUGCACAACACGAGACAGGACCAAACGACACAGAUGUCGUGAUGGGUUCGAGCAGCGUCGAAGAUUCCAAUGUUCCAGCGUCCGAACACAACGAAGCCCUGAAACUGGCGCAAGCAGACGCACUGGAAACCUCUCUGGCUCUGGAAAACUUGCUGAAAGGAAUGGAAGCCGUAAAACGAAUCCUCGAAGGCUCCCUCGAAGAAACCACGUGCGCCGCGACCUCCGGGCCAAACGACACGGCACUCGUCGAAGGGCUUUCGAAGAAGCUUGUGGGUGUGCUUGGAUCCGAGCUGAUCGGGCUCCUGAACGCAGCCCAGAUGGCCAGGUGCCACGCCAAGCUCUGUGCGGAAGGCGCCGACAGCGCGCUCCAAGACCUCCAGCGGGCGAGAGACGAAGCGCAAAAGGCAAGGGACCGGGCCCACCGAGCAGAGAGGAUUUCGCGCCGCUACAAGAAAGAGAAGCAGCUCCUGGUGCGAGAAGUCCGGGCGCUGCGGGGGGACCGCAGGGUCCUUGCGAAAGAAGUCAAGUCCAUGCGCAAACUGGUCCGGCACAACCAACAGCUGGAGGCCUGGCGGCUCCUGCAGGACGCCAUGGCGGUGCACGAAUCGGUUCUCGCCCACAAGACCUUCACCUCGGGAUUCGGUGGGAUCGAUCCUCCCGGUUCCGGCACGAUCGGUACCUCCGAAACCAGCUGCAGGGACAACAUCGUCCACAAAGCAGACGACGCGACCGUCGCUUCUUCGGCCUCCAACAAGGAAAACAACGGUCAAAAUGCGUUUGCACCUCGCAAGGAAAACACAAAGAGAGAAAGAAAGAAUAACAUUGUUUUUGGAACGAUCACAAAUAAGACGAACCAUCGAAGCAAAUCACCGGAACUUUCAGCAGUGUCUGCAUCCGAACCCAAUUCCCAAUCAACAGGAACAAAGGACAAUGGAGACAAACCAUCCAAGGUCGAGUCGAAACGUCCGUCCCAGACAUCUCCGCUACCAAAAUUAACGUCGCCCAACAAGUUGCUUACGAAGCAGCGCAAACUCGGCUUUUCGAAGGGAUUUGGAAACAGCCUCAGCAACGGUUUGGACCGAUUCAAGAACGUGUUACAGGAUGCAUCCGAUCAGAUGCUUCAUCCAGACAACAACAAAAAGUUUCAUCACAAGAUUUCUUUGAAGAAACAACAAGGGGGGGGAAAUGGACUUGCAACCGCAACAGAAACAAAGAUAAACACAAACGACGUGGAGAACCUUUCUGCUGGCAAAGACGUCACGCAUAAAGCUAUACAGUCAUUAAAGAAUGGCAAAGAUUCCAAACUCGUUGAUGAUGCGACGCAUACAACAAAAUCUUGUUCCUUCGAUAUGGAUUCCCCGGCAAAUGACGUGGAAAGCGAUUCUGGUUUGAAUCUCAAUACCAGCAUGAUGAGCUGCGACAUGCCAAACGACCUUGACUUACAAAUAUCGAUUGACGAAGGGUGUUCCUUUUUGAAUAGCUCUCAUCACCUUGAGUGCAGUCCUGCUUCUCGAUUCAUGAUUACGCCAGAAUCAUCACCGAUAUUAGGACAGUCCAUCGACAAAGUUCCGAAACCAUUGUUCAAUCCGAACACACUGAAAACGCUUUCAAUUCCAAGUGAGAACGAUGGCAAUAUUGGCGUGAGCGCUUCGUCGCCGGCACUCAAACCAAGACCUUGCUCGUUGCGCCAGUAGCCGAGUGCAAGACGAUAGAGUAGGCGCGUGGUUUCAUGAUAUACACUCUUUAGUAAAACGUUUCUAGGAAG